CCAGGCGAUCUCCGAAGCCCGGGGCUUCGAUGGGCGGUGGGAAGUCGGGAACCAGGCACUGCAGCUUGAACUCCAGCUCCUGGCUGCUGCAGCACAGGUCCGAGUUGAUGGACAGGCGCGACAGCACGUGCAACGGCACGGAUGGGUCGUCCCCGGCGUUAAACACCUUGACCUGCGUCAGCUCCAGGCCCAACGCGUCAGCGAAGCGCACACGGAGCUGCCGGUUGCAGCCGGCUCGGCACGCAGCGCCAGAAGCUCCCGCAGCCUUGGCACGGCGCUCUGGGGAGCUGGGCAGCGAGCGCGCGCGCCGCUGGAUGAUGGGCUGCAGCUGAGGGUCGCAGCCCGGGGGUCUGCGGGGUCGCGGAUCCAGCUCUGAGAGGCAGCUGAGGCUCCGUGGCGCCGGUUUCCGUAAACCCGGGGUCGGGGGCAUCGGGGCAGAGCCAGGACCUCUUGACAUGGCCCAGCCGGGGGCCAGGGCGGGAGUCCUGGCUGCACACCCUCUGAGAGUCCUGAGGCGCCGCACCCUGCAGGGAAGCUGUGUGCUCGCGGCCUGGCUCGGGUCUCAGCGGCAGACGAUCUCUUAGGGCCGACCGCACUCUCCAGGCCGGCUUCCCCGGGCGAUGAGAUGAGCCUUGUGGGGUGGCGCCUGUGUCUCCCUGCUCUUACAGGCGUUUACGGGAAGGCCAGGGAGCCCCGCCGCCCGGAGACGGAGACUCAGCUGCCUGCAACUUCUCUUAGGCGCAACUUCCCGGCGCGCCCCCGGCGCGGGGCCCCGCCCCUCGUGACGCCGCCCGUGGGCGCGUCCCGCUAGCUUGCCCCGCCGCCCCGCGUCGCCCCAGGCUGCCUGCCGGAACCCCGCUGCCCGCGCCAGCCCCGUCGCCCGCACCCGCCCAGCCGCAGCGCGCAGCAGCCACCCCCGGGAUCCUCAUCACGUGCGCUCAGGCCGCGGAGCAGGUCUGCUGGGCUGCCUUGUUCCAGUGGCUCGAAGUCCUUUUCAAAGAUAAGAGGAAUAAAGAAGUCACCUCCCCAGUUGUCAUCAUCAGGCAGCAGAUUGAGCAAGACUGUUCUGAGCACUGCAGAGAAGACAACCCAUCUGCCCUCAGAUGAUGAGCAUCCCUGUGACCUGUUCAAGAAAAGGAAUAGGAUGAGUGACUGUCGUCAGAAAAGCAGUGUGAGUGCCGGCUCAUCUUGGAGUCAAGUACAAUAUUCAAAGACUUCUGCAGGGAAAAAGCAGGGUAGAUCCCACCUGGGAAGCAGCCUCCUUGGCAUCUCCCAGCCUGCAGCAGAUAAACUCAUGGAACCCAUUUCCACGGAGGGAAGACAGGAGCAGUGUGUGCUCAGCUCCAGGUAUCAGGCUGCCUCUGGAAGCAAGCUGUUCCUUGACUUUCGGUCCAUGAAAAUCAUUAAGGAGGGCGCUGACGAGGACAGUGCAAGUGACCUGUCAGACUCAGAAAGAGUUCCCAUUCCUCCUUCUCCAUUUACGCCUCCCGACCUCAACCUUCGAGCAGAAGAAAUAGACCCAGUUUCCUUCAAUCUUCACCCAGACCCGAGCCGGGCAGAACCUGAACACUGCUACCCUGACUUUCUUCCACCCCCUUUCAACUCCUGGGACCUCCAGGACAUGGCUGUGGUUCUAAACACAGAGUGCAGGAGUGAGGCCCUGCCUCGGGCCACAGGCUUCCUUGGGAAGUACAUAGACAGACUUCUUCAGCUGGAGUGGCUACAAGUCCAAACUGUGCAGUGUGAGAAGGCCCGAGCUGCCAAGGCAAGGCCCCAUGGGGCCUCUGGGGUGCUGAAAAGCCCUCGGCCGGGUAAGCUCCUCACCAGUGCGCUAUCCAAACCAUUACUAUCCCCAGAAGGGAUUCCAAAGCCAGGCCCUUCUCGAAAGAAAGGUUUUCACCAUGAAGAAGCCCACCCCUCUUACUAUGCAUUUGAGACUUCACCUAGAUCUGUAGAUGUGCCUGGUCGCCCCAGGCUGUGUUCUCAGAAGCAAGCCCCUGAAUUGAGAAUGGAAAAGAAGAAGAAACCAAGUAAGAGUCCCAAGCUUCACCUCCGUGCUCCACCCUGUGCAGAGGGCAACCCUGCAAUGGAAGCCAAUGGUAACAUCCGAAUUCCCAAGCAGUCCCCAGUGCUUCUGGACCCAGUGGACUCCUGUAGGACCUCCCGGACACAAGCACACUCAGACCUGAAGAAAAAGGGAAAUGCAAAUAACUGUGGUCUCCCCUCUUCAUCCAGUGAGAAAAAGCUCAAAACCGGUGGAGCAAAGCAAGGCACAUAUAAGUUGAAGUGACCACUGAGGUGAAGAGUCUCAAGGGGGGCUUGCCCCAAAGUGAUGGUGAAUUUGAAUCCAUUUGUGGUCACUGACUCAAGUAGCCAGAUGACUCUCCAGUCCUGUGUGUCCCCCCCCCCCCCCCCCGCGCCCCAACACUUAUUUUCAGAGGUCUCAGUAAGGCUCGGUAAGCUAUUCUUGGUAUCCGGUCUUAAGCACUUGAGGGACCAAUAGGUCAGAGUUAACUCAUGUGUCAAUGCACAGAGGAUUGGGACGGCAGUGCUGGUCAGCCAUUGUAGAACUGACCCGAGUGUCCUGUCUCUGGAGGUUGGGAACCAGUGUUUGUUGCUUUACGUGAGAGAAACCCUGGAGUUUCACAGAAGAAAGGCCCUGCCCGCUCACUGCCUCCUGGCUUUGCAUAAACCCUCAAGCAGAGUCUCUGCCUUGGGUCUUUGUCUCAUGUGCUGCCCACCCUCCUCCAAGCCUCAGGUCCGCUCCGCUUAGGAUCACAUGAGUUUCUAUUCUGAGUGUCGUUUAUCUGAGCCAGCUCCUUGCCGGAGGCAAAGGCAUCUAUCUUGUCUAUCUGGCGCACUUCACAGGCAUUUCAAGUCCAGGGGUCAUUCUGUAGCCGUUUCUGAGCUCUCUUACCUGAAAUAAAAACCACUGGUAGGUUUUCAGAGGGAAGGUCAGCAAGCCCAACCAUGGUUGCUGCUGGUGGUGAGGCAAGAAAGAAUCGCGUUGGCACCUUAGACCUUGGGGGAACCAAGAGCAAUAUGUGGGAAUCUCCAGUGUAAGUUGAUAAGUUACUGACUAGGGACCCAUAUCCUGUAGUUCUCCAUCAAAACUCAUAGUCUAUUUCCAUUUGUAGGAGCAGGGUUUUCUAAUCAUGCCUGGGAGGAAGCAGACACAUUUGCGAUUCUCUCUCUCUCUCUCUCUCUCUCCCUCCCUCCCUCCCUCCCUCC